AUGAGCGCGGAUGAGGAGCGUCGUGGGCUGCUCUCGUCGGGCGAACCCUCCCAGAGCGCUCCGCUGUUGGGAGGUCCUUUGGUCUCGUGGAACCAGUUUUGGACCUGCGUGGUGCCGAUACUCGUCGCAGCCCUGGCACUGCCCAGCGUCUUCGGGCUUUGGUACGUCUCCGCAGGCAUCGGGGCCCUCCUCCUCCUCUACCUCGCAGUGAUCGUGGUUAUCCUCUUCUGCUUCAGGAAUUCCUUCCAGCUUUGGGCACUCCAGCGACCAUGGAACUGCCUGGUUCGCCUCCUGCUGCCACCCGUGGAGAUCAUUGACAGCCUUGGGAGCGGCAACACCGACUACUGCAUGUGGAAAUACAGGAGUUGGGGCGAGAACCUCUGUGCCUCCGCGCAGGUGUGGAUAGGCAGCCACAAAGAGAUCUCAAAGGCCUUGACGAAUCCCCAGGCGCGGAACAACUGGUUGGGCGAGCACCCUCUCUACCGGGGAUCACUGCCGGAGGGGCCCUCCGGUCGCUGUGUCUUCCUGCUGAGCCUCUCAAACAAGGCUGCCGGCGGUACUGGCGACCACGAGGCCUUCCGCAAGUGCAUGAUCGACACCUUGUUUAACGAUGCCGCGGUGGCCCGGGAGACGGACGAGAUCUCAAAGCAGCUCAUCAGCCAGGCGGCCGAGAACUACGUGAAAGAGAGCGAGUUCGAGUUCUACCAUGGAACAGAGGGCACCAACACCGUUUUCUGGACGAAGUACCUGCACCACGUCCUCUUCGGCUUGAACAUCAAGGACGGGGAGCUGCUAAAGACGCUCGACGCCUUCUACGACGGGGCAUCCGCCUUGAUGCACUACCUCGAACCUUUCGGCCGCCUUCCUUGCUUUUCCAACCACGCCGGCAUCGGAAAGGUGGCUGACCUUUACGAAAAAUCGCCGUCCUUCGCCAACUUUCAGGUGAAGCCCGAGUACAACAACAUGACGGCUCGCGAGCUUGCCUUGCUCAUGACCUCGAUCAUACGCAUCGCUGGGGUGCAAGGGAGUCGCAUGCUGCUGUGGCUUUGCACCUCUGGCUCCCUCCAUGGGAACCUGCAGGUAGAUGCCCGGCCUAUCUGGGACUCACUGAACUUGGAUGAUGAUGACGAGGUCGAAAGGUUCAUUCUGGAAGUUUCGCGGCUCUCCCCGCCGGUGACGAUCUCGAGCCGCAUUUCCACCGAGCCGUUCUCUUGCGAGAUCAACGGCAAGACCUACAGCUUCCCCCAAGGCACUAUGGUGGGCAUUCCCCUAGUGUACGGCAACAUCGAUCCGACCGUGUGGGGCGAUGACGCCUUCGACUUCAACCAUCGUCGUCCGGGGCUGCGGGAGAACCACGUGGGCUUCAACUCCGUGAAUGGUGUGGGGCCCCGCGAAUGUCCCGGUAAAGGCUUGGUGCUGAGAACCACCGUCCGCUUGCUGCAGGCGAUGGGCAAGAAGAGGAGGCAGCAAAGCGCCACUGCGUAG